AUGCGUGUUCUCCGCCUCACCCGGCUCUCUGCCGCCACGCUCGGCCUCGCCAGCGCGGCCGCAGCCUGCGAGAUCCCGCCGGGGGAGCUCCCCAACAACAUCCCGGGCCCGUUCGGAGUCCGGCUGCAGAACGCGUCGUACCCGCAGAUCGACCAGCAGUUCCUCAACAUCUGGGACUGGGGCGGCGGCGACCAGCACCUGUUCGUGAGCCCCGGCGGCAACGCUACCUCCGAGCUGACCCUCGUCGACGGCGUCGUCACCCUCCCGUGGGACCCACCGCGCCGCAUCGUCAUUAACGGCGAGUACGAGGUUCGCGACAACACCACCAAGAUGUUCAUGACGGAACGCGGCGACCCGCGCGCCGUCUUCGACGUCGUCUACGGCUGCAACCCUGUCACCGACGACUUGCAGGUCGAGCUGAAAGUGCGGUCGCGUGGCGACCUCGAGCUCGGCGGCGACGUCGGCGUCCGCCCCUUCAACGGCUUUUACGACUUCCGCUGGCGGCCCUCGGGCACCACAAUCCACGAUGACGAACGCCCCUGGAUCAAGGUCACCCUGGUCGUCUACGAUGGCGCCCGCCCCGAGCAGCUCGCGCUCCUGAGCGACCCGUCCCCGCAGCCGGGUCGGCUUGUGCGUCGGAACCUUGUUGCGUGA